AUGGAGGAUCCCAAGGAAACUCUCUGUCAAAGCUACUUUUUUCUGAAGCCUGAAGAAGCAAGUUUCCUUGAGCUCCUUUACCUCCUAUGUUCAUCUGAUGUAGGAAAAAGAAGAUUCAUCGAGAUCGAGUGCUCGGAAGAGGACGUGCACAAGGUCACAGAGGUUAGGCGCAGGUGGGUAAUCUUCAUCUCUGUUGUGCUGCAAUGGAGCUUGCUUUUCUUCAGAGACCCCUUGGCUCGAAUUGGGGACGUGUUCGACAAGUGGCUGAAUGUUAUAUCAGCCAACGGUGGAUUGCUCAUGUUCUUCAUAAACCGGCUAAAAGGAAAGGUGGUGAAGCCAGAUUCAUUAACAUCCGAAUUAUCGGUGGUGGGAAAUGUUGAUUGGCGAAUUGAAUUGGACGACAACAUCAAACCUGAGGAUGCAAGAUACAAAGGGGCACUGUCCAUGAUGGCUGCUAAAUGGUCGUACGAGAAUGAAGACCUCAUUAAAACAGUUGUCAACGAUCACUGGAAGAUGAAAUUCUUGCGGUUUUACAACUGUUGGAAUGAUUACCUGGGACGAGAUUCAACACAAGCUUUCCUGUUCCAAGACACAACAUCUGACCCCAACUUGAUCGUGGUGGCAUUUAGAGGCACCGAACCAUUCGAUGCCGAUGAAUGGAGCACAGAUGUCGACAUCUCAUGGUGCGAGUUCUCUGAAGUCGGCAAGGCACACAGCGGCUUCAUGAAAGCUCUCGGCAUGCAACCAAAUUACACCUGGCCCCUUGAGCUCAAAACAGAGCAAGUCAACGUUGACCAACCUCAUCGGUUUGCUUACUACACAAUCAGGAAAAAGCUGAUAGAUUUGUUGCAGGAGAACAAGAGUGCCAAGUUUAUAUUGACAGGCCACAGCUUGGGCGGGGCAUUGGCUGUGAUGUUUGUUGCUGUCCUGGCAAUGCAUGGCUAUGAGAGAGAAUAUGAGUUGUUGAUGGAGAGGUUGGAGGGGGUGUACACUUUUGGACAACCUAGGGUGGGGGAUGCGAAAUUUGGGGGGUAUAUGAAGGAGAAGCUACAAAAGUAUGGUGUGAGGUAUAUGAGGUAUGUUUACUCCAAUGACUUGGUGGCUAGGAUACCUUAUGAUGAUAAAACUCUCUUCUUUAAGCACUUUGGACCCAGCCUCUACUUCAACAGCUGCUAUAAAGGAAAGGUUGUUUGGCUUCCUUCCUGUUGUCAUUUGAAAUUCUUCUCUGAUAUCUCCUCCUUUAGGCUAUGGGCAAAGGUUUUGGAGGAGGAACCCAACAAGAACUACUUUAAUCCGUUGUGGGUCAUACCAAAGAGCCUAAAUGCAGUGUGGGAGCUGAUUAGGAGUUUCAUACUUCCUUUGCGAAGGGGUUCGGAGUACAAUGAAGCAUGGUUUAUGAGAGCCCUUAGGGUUGUUGGUUUAAUACUUCCGGGAUUGGUAGCUCAUGCUCCUCAAGAUUAUGUCAAUCUUACACGAUUGGGAUCCCUUCCAUCACUCGCAAACCCUAAUAAUAUUAUUCCUCAAGAAAAUUCUAAGGUCGAUUGA